UCCAGGCUACUCCAGAGCAGCAGCAGCUGGUGGAGACAUGGAGAUGCAGUCCUAUCAUGCCAAGCUCUUGGGGGAGUUGAAUGAACAGCGAAAGAGGGACUUUUUCUGUGACUGCAGCAUCAUUGUGGAAGGGCGGAUCUUCAAGGCCCACAGGAACAUUUUGUUUGCCAACAGCGGCUACUUCCGAGCCCUGCUCAUUCACUACAUCCAGGACAGCGGGCGGCACAGCACCGCCUCCCUGGACAUAGUCACCUCCGAUGCCUUCUCCACUAUCUUAGACUUCCUGUACUCUGGGAAGCUGGAUUUGUGCGGGGACAACGUGAUUGAAGUCAUGUCGGCGGCCAGCUACCUGCAGAUGAACGACGUGGUGAACUUCUGCAAGGCCUACAUCAGGUCGUCCCUUGACAUCUGCCGGAAGAUGGAGAAGGAGGCUGCCGUGGCUGCAGCGGUGGCGGCGGCGGCGGCGGCGGCGGUGGCGGCUCAUCAGGUGGACAGCGGAAGCCCCAGUUCAGGCAGGGAAGGGACCUCCUGUGACACCAAGAGCGUGGUCCCCUCUCCGGCCGAGGGAGAGGAGAGGGUGGACUGUCCAAGAGAGCCCCCUCGCAGUGACUGCAGAGGCUGCCACCCACUGGAACUGGCGGCGAAGGACCGCCCGGGCAGUGGCCCAGCUGACAGUGACCUCUCUAUUCUGCCCAAACAGAUAGAGCCCAAGGUGGAGUUUGAUGCCGACGAGGUGGAGGUGGAGUUGGGCGAACAGCUGCAGCCGUAUGCCACCCCACUCAGCCUGGCCCACGUGGACGAGGGUUUGCCCGGUGGCCAGGCCAUCGACUUGGCUUACGGUAACUACCAUGUGAAGCAGUUCCUGGAGGCACUCCUGCGCAACGGUGCCUUCCAGAGCAAAGGUGACGUGGACCAUCACUUUUCUCGAAGUUUGGAGGGAAGACCAGAGGGUGCGGGAGGAGCCAUGAGUGCCGUGAUGGAUGUCCAGACCGACUGGUAUGGAGAGGACUCAGGUGAUGUGCUGGUGGUCCCCAUCAAGCUCCACAAGUGUCCUUUCUGCCCUUACACUGCCAAACAGAAGGGCAUCCUUAAGCGGCACAUCCGCUCACACACAGGCGAGCGGCCCUACCCCUGCGAGACGUGCGGCAAGCGGUUCACUCGACAGGAGCACCUGCGGAGUCACGCCCUAAGCGUCCAUAGAUCCAACCGUCCAAUCAUCUGCAAGGGCUGCAGAAGAACCUUCACGAGUCACCUGUCCCAGGGACUGCGGCGCUUCGGGCUGUGUGACAGCUGCACCUGUGUUACGGACACACACGAUGAUGAAGACGAUUUGAUGCCCAUCAAUCUUAGCCUGGUGGAGGCCUCGUCCGAAAGCCAAGAAAAGAGUGACACAGACAAUGACUGGCCAAUCUAUGUGGAGUCUGGUGAGGAAAAUGACCCCGCUGGAGAUGAUUCUGAUGGCAGACAGCAGAUUCGGCCCAACUUGUCAGAUCAAGAGACACUUACGUAGCGGAAAAUUCUGGGGGUGGGUAGGGGGAGAGGUUUUAGAAUUUGUUGUUGCUCAUUCUAUGUUCGAAAGCCACCAUUUGUCCAAUUUUGUGGAAGCCCGAGAGGAACAUGUUUUCAUACUAUCGUUACAUUUUUGUUACAUUACACGGUGAAGGUUGGAUUUUGUGACUCAAAGGACUGAUGACUUCUUACUGGAAUGCCCUUGCUUUCUGAGGGCCUUGUUGAGUUAAUUCUGAGUGAAUUAAUGCUUGCCCCAAGGCUUCCCAUUUUUCCUGUUGUGCACCCAAACUCUGGUUAGGAGAAAGACAAGAAAGUCUCCAUGCUUGAGACAUUUAAUUGUCUCAUUCCUCCAGAUUCCUUUUUUUUUUUUUUUUUUUUGUCAGCCUUUUUCUCUGGAAAUGUAGGCAAAAAUAUUUUGACAUCAGUCUUACCUUUGCCAAGCUUCUCCUGAUGGAUUCCAUAUUUUAAUUUUCUGGUGAAGUAUUUUUUUUUUUAACAUUUAUUUAUUUUUGAGAGACAGAAGGACAGAGCACAAGUUGGGGAGGGGCAGAGAGAGAGGUAGACACAGAAUCCGAAGCAGGCUCCAGGCUCCGAGCUGUCAGCACAGAGCCCCACAUGGGGCUUGAACCCAUGAACCGAAGUUGGACGCUUAAACAACUGAGCCACCCAGGAGCCCCUCUGGUGAAGUCUUAAAGACAAAGCUUCACUGAUAUAAGGCAGGCAGGGUUGUUUGGCUCCAUGAGUGUAAAGAUACUUCUAAGACUUCAGUUUUAAUGGCUGGGAGUAUUUAUGUGCACGCAAGCAUGGAAAUGAGCUGAGAGACUCCUGGGCACUCUGACUUGCCCAGCGAAGUUCAACUUUAAGUUAGUCCUGAGAAAGGAGACUGUGAGCCCAAGUCUGGGUGGUUUCCCUGUUUAGUUUGGGAUCUGACCGGUCUGCACACACAGAUAACCUGUUUUGUGAUCAUAAAACAAGUCAUUUGGAUGAAACUCAAACCCCUUCCCUGUGUUUUCCUGCCAUUUUCAAGAGCCGCUGCUGUGUAAUGUGGAAAUGUAGCCCCUGCUGACGGCCUUCUACUUCGAUUAUGAAUAGAACUUUAAUUGGAGGGAAAGUGUGAGCCUGUAUAAACAAGUUAUAUUUCUAAAUCAUUUGCCUUUUAAAGUUUAUUUAUUUAUUUUGAGAGAGAGAGAGAGAGUGAGUAGAGGGAAGGGGCAGAGAAAGAGGGGAGAAAGGAUCCCAAGCAGGCUCCGGGAUAUUAGCCCAGAGCCUGAUGCAGGGCUCGAUCUCACAAACCAUGGGAUCAUUACCUGCGCUGAGAUCAAGAGUCAGACACAUCUUUUACCUUUUAAAAGAUCCUCUGGAGGGAAAGAGAAGAUUGGUAGAAGAACAGGUUUUUAAAAUCUUUGCAGCCAACACAGUUAUUCUAACAGAAGAAGGUAUACUUCUUUAAAAGGCUGAAGAAAAAAAAUAAAUAAAAGGCUGAAGAGCAGGAAAUAUUAGGGAUUAAGGGAUAUUCAAAGCACUUUCAUAAUUUUGUCUUAUAUUAAAGACAUAAGACAAAAAGAUAAAGACAUAAAGAUAGAUUUUUAAAAAGUAUUUAUUUAUUUUAAUUAGAUUCCACACCCCACGUGGGGCUUGAACUCAUGACCCUGAGAGCCAGCCAGACGCCCUCCAAAAUAGAUUUUUAAAAGAAAUCCCUUUUUCUUCCUUUAAUUUUAGUCUAGUUGUGUUUCCAAAGGUAGUGAAAUCACCUUUCUGCCUCUUGAGCAAAAAUAAUAAUAAUAAUUAAAAAAAAAAACAUUAUAAAUUGGCUUGUGAAUGUUAGUCAUUGAAGAGUUCAAAAUGUGCUUAAAUCAUCUUCUCAAUAGAGGUUAGAACUCCAGAAUGGUAUUACUCGAACUGUGGCCCCCAGACAGCUGGUCUGUGAAUUCUUCGAUACCAAUCUAUACAGCAGGACCAUGUGUUGGCCUGUGGUAGGUUGGAAACCUCAAAACUGGUCUUUUACCACAGAUAGUUUGAAAAUUAUUGUUCUAGAUCAAGAGUUGAAGACUAGAAAUUAUCAAGGACCAGAAACACCUUUCUUCCCUGAAAUGGAAAUAUUAGCUGUUGUUUAAAAGGAGGGAUCUUCUCAAAUGGGAAACCUAAUCGAUUGUGUAGAAGGUGUACUUUGCAAGGAGUUAGGUUUGAUAUUUUUGCUCUGUUUAAGUUAUUUGAUUGUUUUUUUUUUUUAAAGAUUUUAUUUAUAAGUAAUCUCCACACCCAACAUGGGGCUCAAACUCACAACUCUGAGAUCGAGAGUUGCAUGUCUCACCAACUGAGCCAGCCAGGCACACCUAAAUUAUCUCUGGUGUUUUAAUGUGACUUUUCUACCUCCCAGUUCAACUUCUGUGCCCACUUUCUUUGGUAGAGCAACCUCUUCAGUGACUCCAUGACUUAAUCAUAUGGCUGGGUCCAAAGUAAACACAUUUACACUAGCAAUUUCACUUUAGGACAGUGACUUUCAACUGCGGGUGAUUUUGUCCCCCAGAGGACAUUUGGCAAUGUCUGGAGGCAUCCUCAACUGUUACAACUCAGGGCAGGGUACUGCCGGCAGCCGGAUGAGGUUGGUGUUCAACAUCCUACAACGCAUAGGAUGGCCCCUUAUAACAAAGGAUUUUCUACUCCAAAAUGUCAGGAGUACCAAGGCUGAGGAACCUUACCAUCAGAUAAAGUUGGAUUUUUAAAAUGACCUUUAAUGAGUGAACUUAAUUUUGUGUUAUGUUUUAGGUUACCUUUUACCUUCAUAAUAUUUCGUAGGCCCUCAUGCUCCCACGAGUCUUGGAAAAGAGUGGAAUUAGUAAAAUCAGGAGCUGAGGCUAAAUUGUUCAUAACUUGCCUAAGCUCUGAUUAGGUUUGUGAUGUAGAAACUUAGAAAUUCUAGGAGCACCUGGGAGGCUCAGUUGGUUAAGCGUCCAACUUUGGCUCAGGUCAUGAUCUCAUGGUUCAUGCGUUCAAGUCCCGUGUCAGGCUCUGUGCUGACAGAGCUCUGUCUCUCAAAAGUAAACGUUAAAACAGAAAUGAAGGAAGGUAGGAAGGAAGGAAGGAAGAAAAGGAAGAAAGAAAGGAAGAAACUCUGAUCUGAUUCAUACUCCCAGAACCAUUACUAGGUUCUCGUCAUUUUAGCACAUUUUAUUUUAUUAUUAUUUUUUUAAUGUUUAUUUAUUUUUUGCAAGAGAGAGAGACUGAGCAUGAGCAGAGGAAGGGCAGAGAGAGAGGGAGACAUAGAAUCUGAAGCAGGCUCCAGGCUCUGAACUGUCAUCACAGAGCCUGAUGUGGGGCUUGAACUCACAGACUGCGAAAUCAUGACCUGAGCUGAAGUCAGACGCUUAACCAACUGAGCCACCCAGGUGCCCCUAUUUUAUUAUUUUUUUAAAAGUUUAUUUAUUUAUUUUGAGACGAGUGCACGCAUGCACAUGAGCGGGGAAGGGGCAGAGAGAGGUAGAGAGAAUCCCAAGCAGGCUCUGUACUGUCAGCACAGACAAACUGUGAGAUCAUGACCUGAGCCGAAAUCCAGAGUGGAACGCUUAACCUACUGAGCCACCCAGGUGCCCCUCAUUACAUUUUACAGUAGCAAAAUUACUGGGAGGAAAAUGGAACAUGAAGCUUAAUAUUUAAAUUAUUCUUUCUGUAAUGUCUCAGAUUGUUGCAUUUCCAAUUGGCUGUUUCGAGUUUGUAUGCUGACUUUAGUACUAACUGGACCACUGAAUUCUAUCACUUUUAAUGGAGAUAAUCCCUUUAUUUAGACUAUCGAAUCAUAAACUAUCCUCUGUUUUAAAUUUAUGUUCACAGUUAGCGGUCAAUAUUUACAAUUGCACAGUGUCUUUGGGGUGUAAUGAAUGGGGCUGGUGACAUCUCUAUAAGUAAAUUAAUAGUUGGGUCCAACACAGACCAUUAAUGAUUUAUUUUAUAUCUGGCAUCUUUCUGGCACCCUCUUCUUCCCCUCCUCCCCCUCCUCCCCCUCCUCCCCCUUCUUUUUUUUUUUAAUAUAAUUUAUUGUCAAAUUGGUUUCCACACAACAUCCAGUUCUCAUUCCAACAAGUGUCUUUCUGGCACAUUCAAUCCAAGUUCGCAAAGAGAUUAUUUGUCUUACGUUAGAUACAUUGCGUGGACAGUAACAGAAUUCUUAUUGGUAGUGGAACUUAAAAAUGGCAUCCAUGGGAAGUUGUUUCUUUUGGGGGAAAGGGACAGACCUUCAUAGCAAGGGUUGGAAAGGAAUGUAAAUGAGGCCUGUAUCUGUAAUAGACUAAGAAAUGACAUAGAGCAACGGGACUUCUGGUCAUUUGGUAGAUAGAUGCCAUUUUGAUGUAAAUAUUUUGGUGGUCACUACAGUUGGAAUAUUCCUUGAGAAAACUACUGACCUGGUGGUUUGCAAAAUAUUGUGAAAUGGAGUAUUCUGGGGGUUCAGAAUACACGAUGGGUUUUUGUUGUUGUCAUUAAUUGAUGUUGUGAUAAACUGCUUGGGGGAAAAAGCCAUGUGUAUGGCUGCGUGUGCUGAUUCUGAGGGCAGUGGGAAGACUGGAGUGGCCUUUGGUCAACUGAGUUCAUUGGACUUAUAAGUUUUUUUAUGUGUUUCUUGUGCAUUGAUAAUAGAAUGACCUCUGUGAAGUCUAGUGUCAUGGGGUGGGAGGGGCAAAGGGUUGGGGUGUGUGAGAAGUUCCUGUGGCGCUCUGUUUUGAGCAGCACCACUGUACUUCCUGUCGUCGUUCGUCUCUUGUAGCUUGCUUUGUGCUUUCAUGUGGCUGUGCUGUCUUCCAAGUCCAAAAAGGGGCACUUGAUUCAGUUGCUUAUGAUGGACAAUGUUUUCAUGGAUUUUUGUUCAGUAUUUCUGCUACAUAUGACUGUGCUCCUCAAACGUUUCAUUGUAGUGUGGA